AUGGAUGGUAGGUUUUUAGCAGCGCCGUCAAUGUCUGAUCAAAUCUUUCUCGUUUGUAUGGUCUUUUACCAGAUCGAAAAAAAAUCAACGUACCAACAAAUUUUUAAAGAAUUAACAAGUAUUGCGGCAUUGAAAAACAAAUUAUUUCAACCUGAAAGAGUUGAUAGUGAUUUUGAAAUCGGUUUGAUAUCAGCUGUAGCCGCUGAAUUUCCUCAAGCUAUUCAUCAAAGUUUUUAUUUUCAUUACAAUCAGUGUCUUAAUCGACGUAUUCAAAGUUUAGGCUUAAGCACAACUUAUGCUGAAGACGAUGAAAUCAGAUCAUGCCGUCGUAAAUUAAUGUCACUUUGUCCUUUGCCGCUUCAAGACGUUGAAAAUCAAUUUUACAAUUUACAAGCAUCGUUAGAUUCACGACUAAAGCAGGAACUGCGUCAAUUAUUUUUGUAUUUUCGAAAGCAUUGGAUCAUUGAUGUACCACUCCAAAUGUGGAAUUUUCAUGAUACUCUACAUCGUACGAGCAAUAUUUCUUUUCACAGCCGAUUGAAUAGACAUAUUGAACCUUCCUAUUCAAACAUAUGGUCUUUCAUCAAUUGUCUUAUCGGUGGAGAAUGCCGGUUUCAACACUUAUAUAGUCAAAUUAAUGCUAGUACACAGCAACUGCCAAAAGCAAACGCAGCUGAUACAAUGCAAAAGCGAAUCGAGAUUUAA